UUGAUGCGAAGUUUGAGCUAAUCUGUUAGCAGCAAUGUUGCUAUUUUGCCCGACGUGUGGGAAUGUGCUGAUCGUGGAGGAGGGACAGAAGUGCUACAGGUUUGCCUGUAAUACCUGCCCUUAUGUGCACAACGUUAAUCGCAAGGUAACAAGCAGAAAAUAUCCUAAACUUAAGGAAGUUGAUGAUGUUCUGGGGGGAUCUGCUGCUUGGGAAAAUGUUGACUCUACUGCAGAAACAUGUCCCAAAUGUGAACAUCCACGGGCCUAUUUUAUGCAGAUCCAGACAAGAUCAGCUGACGAACCCAUGACAACUUUUUAUAAGUGUUGUAAUAUACAGUGUGGGCACAGAUGGAGAGAUUAACUUUGGUUUGCAUAUAAAGAAUAUAUAUAACUGUUUUUUUUGCUCUAAAACUUUUGUAUUGGUACAUUUGUUUAACUGCUGCCUUCUCAACUGAAUAUUUAUACAGCUUGAAUUUUUCUAUGUUUAUGCUUCAUAAAACAGCAGGACAAAAUCAGUAUGUUUAUACUGGUUUUGUCCUGCUGUUUUAUGAAUUAUAUUUUAUGUAAUUUCAUUGUUACAGAUUUCAGAAAAAGUUAUGUUGUACUGCAGCAAUACUGUCUCACAAAAUUAACUUCUCUUUGGAAAGGUGUUCUGAGAUUAAUCUGGUUUAGCUGCUAUUUUUUUUUUCUGUUCAGAAGUAGCAUUACAGUAAGCAUCCUGAUAAUAAGCACAAGGAAAGCUUAGGUUAGUGUAGAUUAUAUUGCUUUUUGUUUGAAGAUAAUUACUUUACUCAAAUUGACUUAUGUGUUUAAGGGAAACGCUAUAUUGUACUUGUCAAAUUAUAUUGCAAAUUAGGGCAUACUUAUUGUGCACUCAGAGGCGCAUCUGUCAUUUGCAUUGAAAAUAGAAUAUAAUUGGCACUUGGAAUGCCGAAAAGUUGUGAUUUCAAGCUUGGUCUUUGUUGCCACAGCUACAGACCCGCAAGGAUGAAUGUGCACCUGCCCACCGUUGUUUUAAUUUGGUACUUAUUAAACUUAGUUAUUAAUAUGUA